GCCGAGGACCGCGCUUACGUGCGUUUAUGGCGGCAAACGGUGAUCGGCCGCUCUGGGCGCCUUCCUCUGAAGACAUUCAGACAUCCGCUGUUACCAGCUUUCUGGUUGCUGUAAACGAGAAGUACCACUUGUCGCUGGCAGCGUAUCAUGAUUUGUAUGCAUGGUCUACAACCCACCUCGACAAAUUCUGGGAUCUGGUGUGGGAUCAAGCAGAUGUUAUUGGCGUCAAAGGGCAGCAUAUAGUUGAUAACUGGGCCGCCCCUGCCUCAAAUCCGCCAUGGUUCCGAGAUGCUAAAGUCAACUGGGCAGAAAAUCUGCUCUGGUGUCGUUCCAGAGAAAAGAUAGCUCUCAUUCAAGCGACGGAAUCCAUCAUUAGUAGCCCUCCUUCGCCCCUUCGACGAGUGUCGUAUGCCGAGCUUUAUGACCUUGUCGCUAACAUCGCCUCUGCGCUUCUCAGCCUGGGCCUUAAGCCAGGUGAUCGAGUAGCAGCAUACGCGUCUAACUGCAUUGAAAAUGUUGCUGCAUGCCUUGCAGCCACUGCUAUUGGGUGCAUCUGGGUGAGUGCUGCUGCGGACUUUGGCGCUCAUGGUGUCCUCGAACGGUUCGAGCAAGUCCAACCCCGCGUGAUCGUCGUUGUGGAUGCAGUUGUUUAUAAUGGCAAAGUGCAUUUGCACUUACCCAAGGUAGCAGCCCUAUUGGACGGCCUUCGGCAAAAAUCCUCCGUAGAACCUAAAGUCGUCGUGGUCCAUACCGGCCUCAGUACAUCUUCCCUGGGAUGGCAAGAAGAAUGGAUGAAGUGGACAGACUUUGUUGUAACCGGCAAAGAGUCCAGAUUGGGGAGGACCACUGCAGGAGAGAUAGCAUGGUGUCGGAAGGGAUUUGAUUGGCCAUUGUGGAUCCUUUUCAGCUCCGGUACCACAGGUCGUCCGAAGCCUAUCGUUCAUCGUGCGGGCGGUAUGCUUCUUCAGGCUAAAAAGGAACUUGGAAUAUGCGCGAACAUGAAAGAGGAUGAUGUAUUCUUCUACUACACCACAACGGGAUGGAUGAUGUGGAACUUCCUCGUUGCCGGGUUGAGCAUCGGGUGUACACUCGUCCUUUACGAUGGCAGCCCUUUGCGGGAACCAGAGUACCUGUGGAACUUGGUAGAUGAGCUCGGUAUCUCAAUCUUUGGCACCAGCGCAAAGUACCUCGACGGCUUAUCGAAAGUCUAUAAACCAUGCGAACACCAUCGUUUAUCUACCCUCCGCCAUAUUUAUUCGACAGGGUCACCCCUUGCACCUGGAUUGUUCGAUUACGUCUACUCCAGUAUCAGCAACAAUGUUCUUCUAGCAUCUAUAACCGGAGGGACUGAUAUAUGCUCGCUUUUUGCGGGCAUGUGCACCACGCUUCCGGUUUAUCGCGGCGAAAUACAAUGCCGGAUGCUCGGGAUGGCUAUCAACACAUACAUGCCUACCGGUGCUCCAUCAGCCGCCAAUGAGGCGGGUGAGCUCGUGUGCGAACGCCCAUUUCCUUGCAUGCCAAUCGGAUUCUGGCCAUUGGCAGGGUUUGGAGAAGAGGAAGCUGUUCGGGCGGCGAGCACUCGCUAUCAAGCAUCAUACUUCAGCGAAUUCAAGGAUAUUUGGUACCAUGGCGAUCACGUACUAAUCACUCAGCCGAGGGCCGGUAAUGGAGGAGGCCUAGUCAUGCUUGGAAGAAGUGAUGGGGUCUUAAACCCAGGCGGAAUAAGAUUCGGAUCAGCCGAGAUUUACGACAUUCUGGAGACAUGUUUCUCGGAUGCCGCAAAGGAGUCAAGCGAUCAUAUCGAGGAUUCCUUAGUGGUGGGACAGUCGAUAGACCACGGAAUGGACGAACGCGUGAUCUUGUUUGUGAAGAUCGCACACGGACGCACGUUAUCACUAGAGCUUGAGAAUGAGAUCAAAACAGAAAUUCGCUCCAGGAGAAGCCCGCGGCAUACCCCAGCACAGAUAAUUCAGGUCGACGAUAUUCCAUACACCUUAAACGGGAAACGGGUCGAAGUCCCGGUGAAAAAGAUUAUCAAUGGUGCGCCGAUAUCCAGUGUAAACCCUGCGACCCUACGGAAUCCAGAGUGCCUUGUUGCCUACGCAGAGAUUGGAAAAAUCCUCAGGUCUGUACCAUAGUAGCUAUGGAUGUUCUUUCUACUUGUGGGCGGCAAGUUCCUUCAAUCCAAAAAUCUGCGAACACGUGUGAGGAGUAGUCCGGAGUUACCGACGCCCCGCCAAACGGUAUACCCAAUGUAUCCGAGCAUCUAAAUCGAGGCCUUCCAUAUAGAGCAGAAGAAAGCCUCGAGGCACACUCGCUCUGGCUGAUCCGACUUGUCUGGUAUUGCGGCCUGAAGUUUUCGGCCCACAAAACCAUGGCCGCCUCGAGGCUCUUUCCCUUCUGCAUCGUGUCUCCUACACCCAUUAAUAUUGGGCUGUACACGACGCACGCCACGCCUGUAUAACGACUUUAACGCUCUCCCUCCUCGUUCCCGACGAUCAUCGCCUUCACGCCUUUAUUAUGCAGCACUCACGCACACUCCCUCUGACUUGUCAGAAUCCAACUUCCCACCCUAGACGUGCGGCGCACGAGCAGCAGCAAUUAAAUCAAACGUCUCGCCGCAAGCGUCUUUCCAACCUUUCUCUAUCAUCGAUCCAGCGGCCAUCGAUGCCUUCGAAAUUCAACAUCUUCCGAGCUUCGCUACUUGGUGUUGUUUUGAUCUGGACGAUAAUCUGCUUGGCAAUUUCCGCACACUUCCAGAGCCUUUUGGUCAUUGAUGACCUAACUCGCUUUGUACCUUUUGCCAUUUUUGUGGGCAGCAUCAGCCUUUUCGUUCUCGUUGUUCUGCUCGGCUUCUCUUUGAAGCGCAACGCAAACCCUAUCUCGACAAGGAUUGAGCUGGGAUGUUUAGGGCUCAUUGGAACGUUUUGGUUAGCCCUUGGUGCUUUCUUGGCCAGCUCAGACUCCGAUUCUGCCGAUGUAGAAUGCUAUGCAUCGGAGACCUCAGAUGAUCCUAUUGAUAUACCAGGCUUCUCAACGGAAACAUAUCAGGCACAGUACAGAGUCCUCGAAGCCUUCUCCCUCUUCAACGUCGUUUUGAUAUGGGGCUUUUUCUUCUUUUUGCUUGGCCUUGCGCUUAAGCAUCAUUUCCGAGUCAACCGCCGUGUAUGGCUCGUUGGUGUCACAGACUAUCCGUGGUUUGGCAAAAGUUCUUCAAAUCCGUCAAAACUACCAGCGCCUAUCAGCACUCGCUCGAGAUCUCAGACGCGAGGUCGCGCACAAUACGAUGAGAAGGAUUAUACCACUCCGGGAUGGCAAUACAAGUCGCGUCACGGCAACGCUGAGUAUGCUGUGUGGACAGCACCUCAACGCCACAAGGUCGCUGCACCAAGUCGCGCCCACACUGCCGACAAGUACAAGAGAAACGCGUCUCCUCGGAGGUGAAGGCAUCAUUUAUCCCAUUAAGUUUAUUGUGAACUGGGCGUAGCUGGCCUAGUUAUUUUGUUAGAUUAGACAUAGGGCUGGUGGUAGUAAAUGUAUACAUGUACUUAUUGUAAAUUACAGCUUGGAUCCCUCGAGCAAAC